AUGAAUUCUCCAAAGAAACCGUGUAGUGUUUGCGGUGAGCCUGGUGAUGGUGCACAUUUUGGCGCCGAAGCUUGUCGAGCUUGCGCCGCAUUUUUUCGAAGAAGUGUUGCGUUGGGAAAAGUUUACGUUUGUCGAGCAAUGGGAUCUUGCGAAAUUCAGAAAAGUUGAUUUUUUCUAGAAUGUUUCUCUUAAAAUAUCUAAAUCUGAAAUUUUCCAGACGUUCGAUGUAUGUGUAGGUCUUGUCGAUACGCAAAAUGUAUUGCUGUUGGUAUGAGAAAAUCAGCUGUUCAACGACAUCGAGAUGUGCCAAUCAAGAACUCACCUUCUGAAGAAAUUGAACUGCCUCAAAAAAUUGUGCCAAUUAUUACUGAUAUUGCAGUGACAUCAGAUUACGGUAUGCCAACAUUGAAUUUGAUGAAUGAGAAUUAUUUGGUAAUGAGCUCAUUGAGGACAGUGAUUCAUAAUCGACAAGGGGAUAACAUUUUCACGGUUAGUUUAUUAAUUCGAAUACUGUAGAUUUUGUCUAGAAAGGUUUUCUUGUAUUAUUGUUGGGUUGGUGUAUAUUUUUUAAAAUUGAAUCUUGAUUACUUUUGUCACUCUAAAUUUUGAGCUAAUUCUGAAAAGAGUUAAUAUUCAAUCACACAAAACUCCAUAACAGUGUGAUUUUGGUUAAUCUUUCUGCUACCAGAUGAUCUCUUAAAUCGAAUUUGUUUUUGAUCAACUACAAAGUUCAGAAAAAAUUCUGAACCAUGGAUUAACUCGUACAUAGAUUAUCCUCAUAAAUUGUUUUCGAGUUUGAAUAAUAUUAUUCCGAUGUCUGAUUUUUUCAGAAACGCGAACCAAGGGCACUUGCUUAUAAGGAAGCCAACAAUGUGCAUUUGAAAGAAAUUGGAGUGGUUGCUGAUUGGGUAGUCAAAUCUUUUCCAGAUUUUGAACGACUUAUACUUGAGCAAAAGGUAAUGUUAUGAUAGAUAUAAAAUGUCAUCAACAUUCUUUUUUUCAGAAACUAGUUUAUCGAAAUUUUUUCUUGCCCUUCAUCAUUCUCGAAUGCGGUUAUACAUGCUGUCUGAAUGGUAGAUCAAAACAUAAUUAAAAAAUAGAUUAUUGUUUUUUUUUAGAUCGAACCGAUCAUUUGUAUCUUCCAUCAGGUGAUUAUAUUGAUUGUACACGGCCGGAAAUUUUUUACAAUGAUCAAAAUGGUCAUCCAUUAAUGAGUGUGGAAGAUGCGGUCAGGUAUGACCUUCAUUAAUUAAUUAAUUCGGUAAUUAGUGAGUAAACAAGGAAACAAUUUUUUAGAAUGUUUGGUCCAUCAUUCGAUAUUUAUCGACGGAAUAUUUUGGAUCCCAUGAGACGUGAAAAAGUUGAUGCUUAUGAAUUUUUCACCCUAUGUUCUUUGGUUCUAUGGGAUCAUGGUUUAGAAGGACAGACUGAAGAUUGUGCCAACUUAGCAAGAUUAUCACGUGAUAGAAUUUUGCGAGAAGUGUUAUUUUAUUAUCGCACUCAAAAAAAUAUAGAAGACCCUUCGAUGAGACUUGCUAAUCUUCUUGUUCUUUUACCGGCGUUGCAAAGAUCAGUGAGGAGGUUUCAGGAAGACGUAGAGAUUACGCAUGUUUUUAAUGUGUCGUCCGUUGAGGAGAAGUUUUAUGAACUUGUUAGUGGAAGGUUAGUGAGAAGGCUAUGAUUGUUUAUUCUGAAAAUAGGCGGAGCCAAGAAAAAUCCCAUGUUCUGAAUGAAAAUGUAGUAAACUUUUUAAAAAUGAUUCUAGUUUUUAAUUUCAGACUUGCCGACACAGUAUUUGCAAUAGAAGAUACCGAAGCAAAAAUUAUCAAAGAAGAAGCUUGGGAAAUGCCAAAACAAGCUGAUCUCACUCAAUAUUAUGAUUAUUCUCAAUAUUCCUCAUCAAUCGAUAAUUCAGCAUCCUCAUGUUCUUCAUCUUCAUCUACUUCCUUGUGA